GUGUAACAUAUUAUAUAUAUAUAGCUGGCGCUUCAUUUGAGUCGGUUUCAAGUUUCGUAUGUGGUGCUUACCCCUGUCUGUCUGUCUGUCUGUCUGUCCUGCAGGGCUUUGUCAAAGACAUCCACGAUGACUCUCUCUCCAUUGCCUUUGAGAACAAUUGGCAGCCAGAACGCCAGGUGCCGUUCAACGAUGUCAGGAUGCCACCGCCCGCUGACGGCAAGAAGGAGAUUGGAGAGGGCGAGGAGGUGGAGAUCUUGUCCCGAGCCAACGAUCAGGAGCCUUGUGGUUGGUGGCUGGCUAAAGUCCGCAUGAUGAAGGGAGAUUUCUACGUGAUAGAGUACGCCGCCUGCGACGCCACUUACAAUGAGAUUGUGACCUUCGAGCGUCUGCGUCCAGUCAACCCUAACAAGGCCAUCACCAAGAACUCCUUUCACAAGUGCACUGUCCCUGUUCCUCAAGAUCUACAAGAAGCGUGCCAGAAUGAGAAUGCCCAUAAGGACUUUAAGAAAGCUGUGGGAGCUUAUCGCAUCUCAUAUUGCCCCGAGACCAGCCAACUAGUGAUUGUGUCCAUGAACGAGACGACAGUGAAGCGUGUGUCUUUGCUAAGUGACAUGCACCUGCGCAGCAUCAGGACCAAGCUGCUGUUAAUGUCACGCAACCACGAGGCCACAAAACACCUGGAGAGCUCUAGGCAGCUGGUGUCAUCCUUCCAGGAGGAGUUUAUGGUGAGACCGGAUCUGAUGGGCCUGGCCAUUGGCAGCCAUGGCAGCAACAUCCAGCAAGCGCGGAAAGUUGCAGGUGUCACUGCCAUUGAGCUGGAUGAGGAGACUGGCACUUUCAGGAUUUAUGGAGAGUCAGCAGAGGCAGUGAAGAAGGCCAGGAACUACCUGGAGUUUCUGGAGGACUCUGUCCAGGUGCCCAGGAACCUUGUUGGCAAAGUGAUCGGUAAGAACGGUAAGGUCAUCCAGGAGAUUGUGGACAAGUCUGGUGUGGUGAGGGUCAGGAUAGAAGGAGACAAUGACACCAAGCAACCCCGACAGGAAUUGACACAGGGAAUGGUCCCAUUCACCUUUGUCGGUACUAAGGAGAGUAUUGGCAAUGUCCAGGUCCUGCUGGAAUACCACAUCUCUUACCUCAAUGAGGUCGAGCAGCUUCGCCUGGAGAGGAUGCAGAUUGAUGAACAGUUGCGUCAGAUCACGCAGGGCCACCGAUCAGCUGACAGAGAGAGAGGAGACAGAGGGGAAAGAGGAGGAGGAGGAGGAUAUAAUACAGAUGGUAGUGCCAAUGCCUCCUCAUCCUCUUUACACGUCACUCGCUCCUACAACGGUCGAGGGCGUGGGCGCAGAGGCCACAGCUACAGCACUGGAUACGGCACCAACUCAGAACAGUCCAACGCCUCUGAGACAGAUUCAGAGCGCAGGGAUGAGCUCAGUGACUGGUCCCUUGCUGGAGAGGACCAGGACAGGGAGAGGGAGAGAGGCCAACGACCUCAAAGAGAUGGUCGCAGGAGGCCUGGACCCGGCAGAGGCCGAGGAGGGACUGGCGGACGGGGAAGAGGCGGAAGAGGAGGAUACAGCAACAGCUUUGCAGGGCCUCGGGACCACGAGGAUCACCAUGCCUAUGGAGCCGUGGAGACAAACACAGAGACAGACCAGACAGCCGAUACAGAUGCUAGUGAGUCCAACUUGCCUGCAAACCGCCGCAGAAGAUCUCGACGACGCAGAACAGACGAGGACGCUACACUGAUGGAUGGCAUGAGCGAGUCAGACAACGCCUCAAUGAGUGAAAAUGGAAUAGAUGACCCCGAAGCUAAACCUCAGCGCCGUAAUCGUAGUCGACGUCGCCGCAUCCGCCUGCCUGAGGAGAGGCAGCCAGUGACGGUGGCGGACUACAUAUCCAGGGCUGAAUCUCAGAGCAGACAGACCACCAAGGACACCAAGAAAAACAAGGAUGUGGGUCAGGUGGAUGCCAUCGCUGAGCACAGCCCGCCGUCUGCUCCGGCAACCACCAAUGGUUCCAACAACAGUGCUGCCGACAGCGAGAGCAGCAGAGCUCCCAGGUCUUCCACAGAGAGGCCCGCCAAAGUCUCCUACAAGGGGGACUCUAACCCGCAACCUGUUGUUAACGGACUCUCCUAGUGAGACCUGAGCAAAGGAAAUGGUUUCAAAUAUUUUCAAUUCUUUGGCUGCAUUUGAUUGAAUCUCCCUGUCUAUGGAGCAGCCUUAAACAUAUAAAUACAACAAGCACUGUUCUUUUUUUACAUUACAAAUAUUUGAAACCUGUUCCACUGCGCAAGUUUUAGAGGUCUGACCCUUAACCUCCCCUUUACACUCGUGUUCUGUCCAACUAUUCAUUUUACUACAGUUUUUGUACGAUAGUUCUUCCUGUAUGAGCUUGCCAAAGACAGUCAAACACACACACACACACACUGACAGACAUCUACUUAACUGUACUUUUCAGUCCACUCUUCAUUGAGAGCUCAGGAAGAGGCUGGACUGGAUGCAGUAUUUAUAAAAUGCAGACAGGGAUUCCACUCAAACACAUACUGUGGUAUGAAUGCAGCGGUUCUUUUUUUUAAUUAUUGGUAAAAAAAAUAUCAUUGCAGGGUUUUAGAAAAAAAAAAAAAAGUCUGCCUUUUGCCAGGUGGACUCAAAAAGAUGCUUCCACAGGAUGUUUUGUGCAUCUGAAGUAGUUUGUAAAUUAAACAUUCUGCAUGAGCAGUACCACAGUGCAGAUAGGUUUGUUGGAAAACCCAAGUAUGUUUGACAUACAUGUGAUCAGCUGUUGUGCCUUGAGAGUAGAUUCAACAUGUUGUUGCCUGGCUCUGCGCACCAUCUGAAAUCUUUUCACUCAAUUCUGUGUUAGUUGGUCACGCUCGCCUGCCACAGAGGAACCAGAUGAGUUGUCUCCUUGGUCUAUAUGUUCCCUUAUGGCACUGUAGACGGGUAGAGGCAAACACUGAAAGACCUUGAAAGGAUUUCAGAGGCAUAUCUUUUUAAAAUCAGGUGUGUUAAUUCUUAAUGUUUGUGGGGAAAUUGAGUCAAGUUAUCCUUUAUAUAUAUCUGUUGAGGAGUUUGACAUUAGCUGCUUUCUGUUUUUCAAUAUGCAACCACUUAAGUCAUAGAAGAAAUGUUAUUACAGCGUGUCUGGAAAAGAAACAAACAAUAGAAGAGUUGUUUUUUCUUUGCACUGAAACAUAAACUUUUUCUGUUUAAAAAGUUGAUUGUAGUUGAGUCUGGAAACUGGCCUGUUGCUGUUUUUUUUUUGCUGGACAGAGAUGUAGCCAUCAAUGCUGGGUUUCCUGGAAACAUCUCAUUGCAAAACAUCGGGCAGUUUCAUCAAAUAUGACAAGACGGAUACAGAGUACCGUUUCCUCCCAGAAAUCCAAUUAAAUCAAGAGACUCAAAGGAUGUUUGCUGUGUCUAUAACAGCUACUAUCCCACUUUACAUGCCCACUAUUGCAAAAAUCCUGUAUUGAGCAGUAAGAACCAGACUACCCUGGUGUUGAGAUGUUUCUGGAAAACCAAGCCCAGGUGACAAUGAUGUCAUUUUCAUGGUUCUUCCACAGACUGGCUGGAAACUGGUCACGACUGUUCCACUACGGAAGGAGAUUUAUUUGGUUUAUUUAUUUAAAAAAUGUACAGUAUUUAAAAAAACAAACAAAAACACACAAAAACAAGAGAAGCUCUUCUUUUUCUUGACACUAAAACAUGCGUUAUCUAGGGUUUUCUUUUAAGACAAAUCACAAUUUGGACUACUGAGAGUUGUGACAUCCCAAGUGUUUUUGCUGGGUCAACUACAGUAUGUUUUUCUUUUUUUUUUAAAGGAUCGUUCUGGUUGGUUGAUGUGCAAUAUGUUUUGUAUGCAGGUAGUUCUUAAAUAAACUUGAUCUUCCAUGUAGAUCUGAAACCCAA